GUUUGAAUCAUCGCCAUUUGCUUACUCAAUCCUUUUAGGCUAGUAAAGAGAAGAGGUUUCCAUUACAAUGGAGAAGGCAGGCUUAGGAGAGUUUAAUUUGGAGAUUGUGGAGAGUUGCCUUGUGCAACCACGCCUGCCUUCGCCCAGAGCCACCCUUUAUCUCUCAAACCUUGAUAACCAGCCUUUAGUGAGAAUGGCCUUUAAUACGUUGCUUGUGAAAAUGUUUUGCCAGAUCCUGCCAAAACAAUCUGAGAAGCUCUAUCAAAAGUGUUGGUGUAUUAUUAUCCUCUGGCUGGAAGAUUGAGAAAGAAAGAAGAUGGGAAGCUUCAAGUGGAGUGCACCGGAGAAGGUGUUCUCUUUGUUGAAGCCAUGGUAGAUAACAGCCUCUCAGUCCUUGGAGAUUUGGACCAGCUGAAGCCAUCAUUCAAGCAGCUACUUUUUAGGUUCCCUUUCGACAUAGCUCUGGAGGAGGUUCAUCCCAUGGUUCUCCAGGUAAAUCAGUUCGCAUGUGGAGGCUUUGUUGUAGCAGUGAGUUUCCACCAUAGUGUAUGUGAUGGACGAGGAGUAGGACAAUUUCUCAAAGGUCUUGGAGAGAUGGCUAGAGGAUAUGUUAAGCCAUGUAUUGAACCAAUAUCGGAUAGAGUACUUCUUAAGCCAAGGAACAUAUUAGUUCAUGACAUAGAACUGAUUGAAGAAAAUAUAAAGAGUACAUUCCACUGAUGGACACCUCCAAUAUUUAAAGAAUCAAUUCAAAUGUCCCUUACCUUAAACAAUGAGACAUUAAAAUAUGUGAAAGAUGAAAUUAUGCCAGAAUGUUUAGGUAUUUGUACUACAUUUGAAAUUGUUGCAGCUCUGAUUUGGCAGGGAAGGACCAAGGUACUUGAAAUUCCACAUACUCAAAGUGUUAGUAUUUCCUUUGCAGUUGAUGUGAGGAGAUCAUUUAAUCCCCCACUACCAAAUGGAUACUAUGGAAAUGGUAUUGUUGCCGCACGUGCACAAGCUAUUGCUCAUGAUGUCAUAAACCAACCACUUUCAUAUCUAGUGAAUAUUAUAAAGAAAACAAAGAUGUCACUAACUAACGAGUAUCUUAGAUCGACCAAUUUCCAUCAGAUAUUUAUAGCAACCAAGCUAAUAUAAUUUUGAGUGACUGGAGGUGGUUGGGAUUUAAUGAAGUUGAUUUUGGAUCGGGAAGUCCAAUGAAUAUAUGUCUGAUGUCCUGGAAUGAGAAUGGGCUCAACAUAUCAAAUGGUUUUCUCUUCCUCCAUUCUCCAAAACGAAAGGAUGAUGGAUUUAAGGUGAUAACAUGGAUGCCUCCACUAGAUUUCAAUUUAUUUGAACUAGAAAUAGAAUCCAUCAUCAACAAAUAUGUUAUCAAAGAUUCUAAAUUUUAAUCUAAUGGUUAAACCUUUUCACUUUUUAUUAAA